UAGUCUCUCUAAAGAACCGGCUGAAGAGACAGCUACGUCACUUGGAAAGCAGUACUUGUUUUUAGCAUCGGUAUUUGAAGAAAAGAGACGGGAGGCUGUCGCUGCAGUAGCCACUGCCCCAUUGUCCUGUUAAAUUAACAGGGCAGUUGCACGGCCCAGAAGCGGCUUCACGAGGGCCAGUGGGAGCCGGAGCCUGCGAGCAUUCUGGGAACUGUACUUCCGGAGUUCUGGCGUAGGUCUGCGGCGGAUGGCUGGAGGGACCGGUCCUGCUGGCUGUGGUUCUGGCUGCAUGGAAACAAGAUGGUCUUUUACAAUUAAGUUUAGAAGACGUAACCCAACACAGCAGAAAUCCACUUUAAGAUGAAAUAACAUCUAUCUGGCCCUCAGGCAGCAUAUCAAGGCAUAUACUGGGCUGACUCUGGGACCAUGAUGUUGCCUGAUUCUUCUGUACUAUGAGAGCAAGCUGGGGAGAAGAUUUUGCCUUCAGAGAAUGAGGAAGAUAUGGAGAUCAUGAAGAAAUUGUCUCACAAUAAAAAGGCAAGAGGUGUGCCUUCUAAUUAUACUUCCUGGCCCCAAGAAAAGGAGGGAAGGCCCCAAGUACUUGCACCAGUUACAUUCAGGGAUGUGGCUGUGAUCUUCACAGAGGCAGAAUGGAAGACAAUGAACUUGGAGCAAAAGAACCUAUACAAAGAGGUGAUGCUGGAGAAUUGCAGGAAUCUGCUCUCAUUGGCAGAACCACAGCCAGAAACCUACGCUUGUCCCUUCUGUCUUCUGGCCACCUCCUGUCAGCAAUUCCUCAGCCAACAUGAGCUUCAGAUCUUCCCGGGCUUAUGUGCAGAAAAUCACUUCCAUCCAGGAAAUUCCAGGCCAGGGCAGCAGGAGCAGCAGUGUUCUGGUCAAAGCUGCUGGAGUAAAAACACAGAAGAUCAAGAGGGAGAAGUCAGCUCCAAACCCUCGUCUGCAAAGACAGAGGAGAGAGAGACCUCAAGGGCAUUCUCUAGCCCACUCCAAGGACAGUCAGCAAGUCCUAGUGAAGGCAACAUGGUGGUGGAAAUAGAGCCCAUCUCAGCCCAAAGGAUAAACCUUGUGCAACCAGACAAAGGAUUGAAAGAAUUAGAAACCUUGAGAUUUGGAGCAAUCAACUGUGGAGUGUAUGAACCAGACUAUAGCCUGGAAUCAGACUUUCUUACAAACCCGAGAAUCCUCUUAGGGAAGAAGCCCUAUGUGUGCCGUGAGUGUGGCCGAGGUUUUAGCCAGAUGUCAAUCCUUAUUAACCACCAGAGGACACACUCAGGGGAGAAGCCAUAUGAAUGCCGUGAAUGUGGGCGAGGCUUUAGCCAGAAGUCCAGCCUCAACAGACACCAGAGAACACAUUCAGAAGAGAACCCUUAUAGGUGCAGAGAGUGUGGGCAAAGCUUUAGAAAUAAGUCCAUCCUCGAUAGACAUCAGUGGACUCACUUGAGGGAGAAGCCCUAUGUUUGCAGCGAGUGUGGGCGAGGCUUUAGCAAGAAGUCAUCCUUCAUCAGACACCAGAGGACACACUCAGGUGAGAAACCCUACGCUUGCCUGGAGUGUAGACAAGGCUUUAGUGAUAAGUCAACCCUCAGAAAACACCAGAGCAUGCACUCAGGGGAGAAGCUUUAUGUUUGUAGGGAGUGUGGCCAAGGCUUUAACCAGAGAUCACUUCUCCUUGUCCACCAGAGGACGCACUCAGGGGAUAAGCCCUAUGUUUGCAGGGAGUGUGGGCGAGGCUUUAAACAUAGGUCAACCCUCAUCAGACACCAUCGGACCCAUUCAAUGGAGAAGCCUUAUGUGUGCAGUGAGUGUGGCCGAGGCUUUAGCCAGAUGUCAAUCCUUAUUAAACACCAGAGGACACACUCAGGGGAGAAGCCAUAUGAGUGCCGUGAGUGUGGGCGAGGCUUUAGCCAGAAGUCAAAUCUCAUCAGACACCAGAGGACACACUCAGAUGACAAGCCUUACAUUUGUAGGGAGUGUGGGCGAGGCUUUUGUGACAAAUCGACCCUUGUCAUACAUGAACGGACACACUCAGGAGAGAAGCCUUACGUAUGCAAUGAUUGUGGGCGAGGCUUUAAAGACAGGUCAACCCUCAUCAGACACCAUCGGACCCAUUCAAUGGAGAAGCCUUAUGUGUGCAGUGAUUGUGGCCGGGGCUUUAGCCAGAAGUCACACCUUCUUGGCCACCAGAGGACGCACUCAUGGGAGAAGUACUAUGUUUGCAGGGAGUGUGGGCGAGGCUUUGGCCGAAAGUCAAAUCUCAUCAGACACCAGAGGACACACUCAGAUGACAAGCCUUAUGUUUGUAGGGAGUGUGGGCAAGGCUUUUGUGACAAGUCGACCCUCAUUGCGCAUGUGAAAACACACUCAGGAGAGAAGCCUUACAUGUGCAGUGAGUGUGGCCGGGGCUUUAGCUGGAGGUCACGCCUCCUUGGCCACCAGAGGACGCACUCAGGGGAGAAGUACUAUGUUUGCAGGGAGUGUGGGCGGGGUUUUUGCCACCAGUCAAAUCUUAUCAAACACCGGAGGACACACUCAGAUGACAAGCCUUAUGUUUGUAGGGAGUGUGGGCGAGGCUUUUGUGACAAGUCAACCCUCAUUGUGCAUGAGAGGACACACUCAGGAGAGAAGCCUUACGUGUGCAGUGAGUGUGGCCGGGCCUUUAGCUUGAGGGCACGGCUCGUUGUCCACCUGAGGACACACUCAGGGGAGAAGUACUAUGUUUGCAGGGAGUGUGGGCGAGGCUUUGGCCACAUGUCAGAUCUCCUCAGACACCAGAGGACACACUGAGGGAGAAGCCUUGUGUAUGCAGGGCUCAUGGGCAGACUUGAGCAAUCAGUCAGAUCUCAUCUUACACCAGAGAGACUCACGGGGAAUAGUCCCCAUGUGUGCUGGAGUGUAAAUGAAGUUUCAGAAAGCUGUCAACCCUCAUCAGGCACCAGGGGACACAUGUAGGAGAGGAGCCUCUGAGUACAGAAAGGGUAACUAGCUAUAAGUCAGCCUUCAGCAUACAUGAGAAGAUACACUUAGGGGAGAAAUUUUGUAUGUGCAGGGACUGUGGGUGAGGCUGCAACAAUGAAUCAACAUUUGGUGAGCAUCCAGCACCAGUCACAUGUUCAGGGAGUGUUGAGCAUUUGCAAAAGAAGAAACAGGCACAAGGUGGCACUCUCAGGAGGAGGUCUUUGUUUGCAGGGAGUGUGGGCAAGGCUUUUGUAGCCACACACUGCAGGGAGGACCUGUCUCACACGGGGCACUUUGGAGCUCCACCCAGAUGAGCUUGUCAGGGCUGACAGCGCAGCUGCUUGAGAGAAUGGUGCUGCUGCUGCCAGAGCUGCAUUCCUCACCUGGACUGGCUCUCAGCCCCAGAGAGCUGCACAAUGACUGGUUGAUGGAGGGGGACAAAACCCCACUCUUUGACUUAACUGGGACAACUCCAAAGGUCCAUCCCAGAUCCAGAGGUCCACUGGACUGAAUGAUCUAUCAGUUGCAAACACAUUGUGGACCAGCUUCUUUCUGCCCAGCGCUACCGUUGAGUCUCCCCAGUUAACCCUCAAUUCUCCAUCUAAUUGUCUCUCCAGGGAAUCUGACCUAAGACAUCUGUGGUGUAAAAGGAGUGUGGCUGAGGCUGUGGCCAUAAAUCAGCCCUCAACAAAUCACAGAGUACACAGAGUAGAAGCUCUGUGUGCAGGGAGAAUGGGCAAGGACUUAGGAAAAAGGCACACCUCGUCAGAGAACAGCUUUUUUGGGACAAGCUUUUAUGUGAGUGGGGAGGGAGAAUGUGAGACACUUAGCGGUAAGUGAAGCCUCCUCUUAUACCAGAGGACACACUGAGGGAGAAGACCUGUGUGGGCAGGGUUUGUGGGUGGAGCUUUAUCUCUGUCUCUCCUCAACAGACUUACCAGGGCAGGUCUUGCCUCCACAAAUCACUACCUCACCUAGCUCUGAGGGGGUUUCAGGAGAUGUGUUGGCUUCCCCUGAACUCUGUGAGUGAAGAUGGCAAUUACAAUUAAAUAGACUCCCUGCUCCCACACUUUUUGCAACCAGAUGGAAUAAAAAAGUAAGCUUUAUUUAAGUAAUCAAAAAAUGAUUACUGGGCAUGGUGGCUCAUGCCUAUAGUCCCCGCUACUCAGGAGGUUGAGGUGGGAGGACCUCUUGAGCCCAAGAAUUUGAGACCCUGUCUUAUAUUAAACAAAGUUAAAAAAAAUAUGUUGUUUUAGUUUCAGGCACAAGUUCUUUCCCCUGUUUUUCUAUCCUUUUAUUUUAGUCAAAAUUUCUUUAAUAAGCUCAGGCUGUGUAUAUCUUAGUCACUCAUCUGACCGGAAAGGCUCAAGGAAUUAAGAUUGACAGCCUGGGAUUCCUGCAUGAAUUCAACCUUUGAGAGUCAAUCUAAUAGAUUUCUUAGAGAAUCUGAUCCUUUUCAUGGGAGGAGUGAUUAUGUUGAGACAGGCCAGCUGCAAGGAGGGCGUGUCCCAGGUCUCUGGGACUGGCUGCUGCUUCUCCCCACUGAUUAUCUCCUUUAGCUUCUGUGAAAGCUCCCUCCCCAGAGUGUCCUUUCUUUCUGGUCUCCAUGCAGUUCUCUUUGCUGAAUCUUCUCUAUCCCAUUGAAGUAUUGUGGUUCCUUAAUGAUCUGUUCAUGUCCUCUAGGGACAUGUUCCAGGGACCCUUUAACCACAGCCCCUCUGCAGCCUUCCAGGUUCCAGGGGCAGGUCCUUUAACCACACCCAAACCCUUCUCCAGUCAUGAGUCAUUGCUUUGGGGCUCUUAGCUCCUCUCCAUGUCAGAUCAACAAUAAUGGAUGUACAGGCAGGCCCCUAAAACACAGCUCCAAUACCAUGUCCCAUCAGCUCUCCAGUCCUAGAGUCCAAUUCUGCUAAUGGUACCCACAUACCACCCCUCUAAUAACUGGUCUAAGACAAUCUACCCAUACCCCCUCUAUUGUUUUUCAGACCAACAACCUGCUUUUUAGCCACACACUUUUCCGAUCCUCCCUCAGAGCCCAAAUUGCCUAGGUUUUUGACAACUCCACAUACCCUAGCUCUGUCUUUUAGGUCCUGGGCCAAUAACUAUUAACUGGAGAGGGUCUGCCAAGGCUCUAGCAAAUGUAUGAGAGUCACUGGCUCCAAGGCCUCUACCCACUUCCCCAGGCAUGAAGUCAGCUGCCUUAAUUUGUUUUCUGCUGUACAUACUGAGUAAUUUAUAAUGAACAGAAAUUUAUUUGGCUCAUGAUUCUGGAGGUUGGGAAGUUCAUGAACAUGGUGUUGGUAUCUGGCAAGGGCCUUCAUGCUGCAUCAUCCCAUGGCAGAAGGUGGAAGGGCAAGUGAAUAUGUGAGAUAAAGGUGGCUAAGCUUUUCUUUUUAAUCAGGAACCUACUCCAGUGAUAACUAACCCACUCUUGUGAUAUGGACAUUAAUCCAUUCAUGAGGAUUCAGCCCUCCUGAGCUAACCACCUCUUAAAGGUCCUACCUCUUAAUCCCAUCACAGUGGCAAAUUGCAACAUGAGUUUUGGAGGGCAUGUUCAAACCAUCACAUCCACUUUCCAGCUCCGGUGGGGAAAAAUGAUGGGAUCACCUGGGAGUGUGGGUCCCCACCCUUUGCCAGAUUCCCCUCUAGUCCUUAUAUCAGAACUAACCCUAUAACACCAACAUUUUGCUUCUGGUCAGAACUGGAAGCCACUAAGGGGAAAGUAUGUAGGUAUGUAAUGGGGUCUGAAGAGGGAAGAGAUAGACCCUCCUCAUUCUGGAUAAUCUCAACACCCCUCCCUAUGUUCUGCCACUGGGAAAGAAAAAAGCAAAAAAGAAAACCAUCACCUGUCCUUGGAAAAAAAAGGGUGGAAAGAAAAAAUGAUGCAGAAU